AUGACCACUGCAGGCCUCGGAAUCCCUGUAAAACUCCUCCACGAGUCGCUAGGACACAUCAUCACUGUCGAGCUCAAGACCGGCCAGCUCUACCGCGGAAAACUCGCAGAAGCCGAGGACAACUUGAACAUCUCUCUCAAGGACAUCACAGUCACAGGGCGGGAUGGCCGUGUCUCGCAGCUCGACCAGGUUUACAUCCGGGGAAGUAUGAUCCGUUUUUUCAUCGUGCCCGACAUGUUGCAGAACGCGCCGAUGUUCAAACGCGUGGGUCCGAAUGCCAUGAGAGGAAGGGGUAUUGGUACGGCGCGUGGACGCGCGACGAUUAUGCGAGCAAACGCCCGUCGUGGUCGUGGUGUGCCCGCCGCACGGGGUAUCAGACGAUGA